AAUAUCAAGCCGUAUAAUCUCUCUCAAAUCUCAAUCUAAAUCAUCCCUACCAGCAAUUGCUGAUUUGCUUCAGUUGCAGAACAAAUACACUUUCUUCUAUUCCUAAUCACUUGUUCACUAAUUUAAUUUCAUUAAUUCUUCCUUAAAAAAAAGAAAAAGAAAAAGAAAAAGAAGAAGUGUUGUGGAUUGAAGAAACAGAAGCGGAUAAACAAAGAAAGGGAUCGGAGAUCUGAAAUCUGCCAAAUUUUCGACUUCGUAUUCAGUGCAUUCAUAAAUAGACGGGCCAUCUCUCUGCGCUUCAAGGUUGGGGAUUGUAGGGUUUUACCGAUUUUUCACCUUAAGAAAUUCGUUUUGUUAGUGUUGAUGGAUUCUUUGUGUCUUCUGACAAGCCAAUGCUGCAAAAAUCUGAACCAUUUUAUAAUCCACAACCCCAGCUCAACAUCAGCGCCUUAACUUGUCCUUGAGAUUCAGCUCAUUGUCAUGUUUGCGCCGUGACAGAUCAUUCUCUUCCUGGAUUCCUGAUGACACACAAGAUUGCAAUUUGUAUCAUCUGAAGGAGUUCAAGAAAAACUCUGCUGCGUGAAGCUGUUUCGGGAAAUUAUCACAACGCCCUGCUUUCGAGGGUGGAAGAAAGGGAGUUUUGUCAGCAAUGCCUCCCAAGAGCACAGAGAUGCUUUGUGUCAUGGAGUUGUGUAAAUUAGGAUGUGCAGCGGAACGUUGAAAUAUCUGGGGCUCCAUCUCACAUUUCUCCUUACUGGAAACAGGCCGUGGGCAAACCUCAUAGGCCUGAGAAGUUUCACUUAAACAUGAAGCUUGAAGAUAAUACCACACGUCAUGAUAACCCCAGGUUGAUACAUAUUAAUGAUCCCAAGAAGACAUGUGAUAACUCUCAUUUUUCUGGGAACGAGAUCCGGACAAGCAAGUACACAUUGCUUAACUUCUUGCCCAAAAACCUUUUCAUUCAGUUUCACAGGGUGGCUUAUUUGUAUUUUUUAGCCAUUGCUGCUUUGAACCAGCUUCCCCCUCUUGCAGUAUUUGGCAGAACAGUUUCCCUUUUCCCUCUUCUUUUUGUGCUUACUGUCACGGCUGUCAAAGAUGGUUAUGAGGAUUGGCGGAGACACAGAUCUGACAGGAAUGAGAAUAAUAGGGAGGCACUAGUGCUACAAUCAGAUGGAUUCCAUCCCAAAAGGUGGAAAAUGAUUCAGGCUGGUGAGGUAUUGAAGAUCAGUUCUGAUGAAACUAUUCCUUGUGAUAUGGUGUUGCUAGCAACGAGUGAUCCUAGUGGAAUUGCCUACAUUCAGACUAUGAAUUUGGAUGGUGAAUCAAACUUGAAAACAAGGUAUGCUCGACAAGAAACUAAUAAACUUUUUCUUGAAGGGACUAUGAUAUCUGGUAUCAUCACUUGUGAGCAGCCAAACAGGAAUAUCUAUGAGUUCAUGGCUAAUAUGGAGCUCAAUGGGAAUUUCCUUCCUCUCAGCCAAUCCAAUAUUAUUCUACGUGGCUGUCAGCUGAAGAACACAGAAUGGGCAGUUGGGGUCGUGGUUUAUGCUGGACAGGAUACAAAAGCUAUGCUAAACAGUGCAAUGUCCCCUUCUAAAAGAAGCAGACUGGAAACCUACAUGAACCGGGAGACAUUUUGGUUAUCAGUUUUUCUUUUAAUCAUGUGCCUUGUUGUCGGCCUAGGGAUGGGUUUAUGGUUAAAUCGCCACAAGUUUCAGCUUGAUACACUGCCUUACUACCGAAAAGUUUACUUCCAAAAGGGAAAAGAUGGCAAGAAGUACAAGUAUUAUGGAAUUCCUAUGGAGACAUUUUUCUCAUUCUUGAGUUCUAUCAUAGUUUUCCAGAUAAUGAUUCCGAUAUCCCUCUACAUCACGAUGGAGCUGGUGCGGUUGGGGCAAUCAUAUUUCAUGAUUGGUGAUCAGCACAUGUACGACAGUUUGAGCAAUUCUAGGUUUCAGUGCAGAUCCUUGAAUAUUAAUGAGGAUUUGGGACAAAUACGAUAUAUACUUUCUGAUAAGACAGGCACACUGACAGAAAACAAGAUGGAAUUCAAGAAAGCAAGUAUCUGGGGGAAGAGUUAUGGUGACUCUAAAGCUGGUUCACGGGAGAUAGACGCCACAGUGGAAGAGUGUAUGGGGAGUGGAAGAAAAUGGAAGCUUAAAUCUGAAAUCACCCCUGAUACUGAACUCAUCAAAUUAUUGUACAAAGAUCUGCAUGGAGAAGAAAGAAUUGCUGCAUACGACUUUUUCCUGACACUUGCAGCUUGUAACACCGUGAUACCCAUUCUUACCGGGAUUCCUUCAAGUAUUUCUGGUAGUUUAUUGAGUGAUGGCCAGACUUCUAUAGAUUAUCAAGGUGAGUCUCCUGAUGAACAGGCAUUGGUUGCAGCAGCCUCUGCUUAUGGCUAUACACUUUUUGAGCGGACAUCUGGGCAUAUAGUGAUUGAUGCCAAUGGUGAGAAAUUAAGGUUGGAUGUAUUGGGUUUGCAUGAGUUUGAUAGCGUGCGUAAAAGAAUGUCGGUUGUCAUUAGAUUUCCCAAUGGCAGUGUUAAGGUGUUGGUGAAGGGGGCUGAUACAUCAAUGUUCAGCAUCUUAAAAAAAGAUCUUCCAUGUGAUGAUCGCAUGAGACAUGUAACACAAGUACAUCUGAAUGAUUAUUCAUCUGAAGGUUUACGCACCCUGGUUGUUGCAUCUAGGGACCUUAGUGGUGAACUCCUUGCAGAGUGGCAACAAAUGUACGAAGAUGCGUGCACAUCUUUGACUGAUAGAGUUGUAAAACUACGCCAAGCUGCAGCUCUCAUUGAAUGCAACUUGACCCUUCUUGGAGCCACAGCUAUUGAGGACAGAUUACAAGAGGGUGUACCUGAAGCCAUUGAGUCCCUGCGGCAAGCUGGAAUAAAGGUGUGGGUUCUCACUGGAGAUAAGCAAGAGACGGCAAUAUCUAUUGGUCUUUCUUGCCGACUCUUGACAGCAGAUAUGCACCAGAUCAUAAUCAAUGGAAAUUCAGAACAUGAAUGCAGAAAACUAUUAUGUGAUGCCAAGGCCAAAUACCAUGUCAAUUAUGCAAGUUCCUUUGAUGAUACAACGAAUUUGAAGAAGAAGACUGAACUUAAUUUUCUUGAAAUGACUUCUCAAACAAAGUCUUCCAAUAUGUCUCAACAGAUUACAGGUGAGGAAGACAGGCCUACUUUUGGCCCGCUAGCCCUUAUAAUUGAUGGCAACAGUCUGGUAUACAUAUUAGAGAAAGACUUGGAAUACGAGCUGUUCAACCUCACCACUUUGUGUAAGGUGGUGCUCUGUUGUAGGGUUGCACCCUUGCAGAAGGCUGGAAUUGUGGACAUGAUUAAAAGCCGCACUGAUGAUCUUACACUAGCCAUUGGUGACGGGGCUAAUGACGUUUCCAUGAUCCAAAUGGCGGAUGUUGGCGUUGGAAUUUGUGGGCAAGAAGGGCGCCAAGCUGUGAUGGCAUCAGACUUUGCUAUGGGCCAGUUCAGAUUUUUGAAAAGAUUGCUUUUGGUGCAUGGACACUGGAAUUAUCAGCGGCUUGGCUAUCUCAUUCUCUACAAUUUUUAUCGCAAUGCUGUUUUUGUGUUGAUGCUUUUCUGGUAUAUCUUAUGUACAGCCUUUUCUACUACUUCUGCAUUGACAGAUUGGAGCAGUGUUUUUUACUCCGUCAUUUAUACUUCUGUACCAACGGUUGUUGUUGGUAUUCUAGACAAGGACCUAAGUCAUAAGACAUUACUCAAAUAUCCAAAGCUCUAUGCAGCAGGGCACCGUCAAGAGAGUUACAAUAUGACCCUCUUCUGGAUUACAAUGGUGGACACAUUGUGGCAGAGCCUUGUACUCUUCUACGUACCAUUGUUCACCUACAGAGAGAGCACUAUUGACAUAUGGAGUAUGGGAAGCUUAUGGACAAUUGCAGUUGUCAUAUUAGUUAAUGUGCACUUGGCAAUGGAUAUUCAGCGAUGGGUAUUUGUUACUCAUGCUGCUAUAUGGGGCUCAAUUGUUGUAACAUAUGGCUGCAUGGUGGUGCUUGAUUCUAUACCUGUUUUCCCUAAUUAUGGUACAAUAUACCAUCUUGUAAAAUCACCAGUUUACUGGAUCUCCAUCUUACUCAUAAUGGUUAUAGGAUUGCUCCCCCGGUUUAUUUUCAAAGUUUGCCGUCAGAUCUUCUGGCCCUCUGAUAUCCAGAUUGCUAGAGAAGCUGAGAUAUUGAGAAAAAGGCGACCUUUUUUCGGGUCUAAUGCUGAUCAGGAUUCUAGCUGACAUGCAUGCUUGCUGUCUUCUCUUGUCAUUCAUUUGGUGGGCCUCUUCUCGAGCUUAUUGAGAUGUGCCUUCCAAAUGGCAUUCAGGUUCUGAAAUCAAAUGAAAUCUGGUGAAAGCCCACAGAUAGAUAGGAACCUUUCCUGCUACAUGAACUGAUCCGUGGCACAAAGAGGCAUGGUCAUCGUCGUUCUGCUACAGAGGGGAAGGGGAGCCCAAAACUGCUAGUCAAAAUAGGCUGCUGCUCGUCGAUGCUUAAUCUGAAGCUGUAGCAUUCCAGGUAAUUCUAAUGUCCAUGGAAAAACGAACAUGAGAUCUCCAAGGUCUGCCUGUUGUAUAUAUAUAGAAUCGAUUAGUUUAUAGAUAAUAAGUAUUCUUAUUCUAUAUAUAUGUGUCUUUUAACUAACAAUAGAUUAGAUGUAUUAACGCGUGUAAUGAAAAUGUGCUUGCUAUUUCCUCA